UUUUUUGGAGGAAGAGGAGGGCGCCGGGGAAGCUGCACCGCAAGAGAGGGGGGCUGGUCGGUGCAUGCAGCCCGGUGUGCCGGCGGCAGGAUCAGCACCGGAGGAAGGAGCGAAGAGCAGAGCAGAGCUCACCCGCGCACCCCCUGUGCACCCAGCCCCGGGCUCUCCCCUCGCGCACACACACGCACGUGGGCGCCCUCUCGCCUGCGGGGCGGCUCGCUCCGCUAGCAGUUGCGUGUGUUGUUGCAGCUCCGCAGCGCGGGGCCAGGAGCUCAGCGCGCGCCGCCAGCCAGCCCGCCCCUGACAUCGCCCCUCUCCGGUCCCGUCCCGUCCCGUCCUGUGCGUGGCGCUGGAGGAGCCCAGAGCAGAAGCCCGGAGCUGAGCGCCCCGGCUGCCACCCGCUCGCCCUCCGGCUUCAGGCGCGCUGCUCACUGGCCAGCCCCGCCACGCCGGCUCGCUAGGGAAACUCCUCUAGUGCCUUGCGCCGCGGUGGGGGCUGGUUGAAAUACCCCCUGAGUUUGUUCAGUUUGGAGGCUGAUGCAGAGGUAGCGACCCGCUUUCUUUGCAGCUCGCCUGUAUAACCCGGGGGCGUUUUCAUUUGCACCCCCGUUGCCUUUUCCUGGCAGCCCGGUUGCAUUUCCAACCGCAGCUGCUUCCCCUCCUUUGCACCCCGCUCGUCCCCUUCUUUUUCAAGUCAAUUUUUUGGGGACGCUGGGUUUAAACCCGAAAAUGCACUGCUAUCUCCUGAGCGUGGUGCUCACCCUGGAUCUGGCCACGGUGGCGCUCAGCCUGUCUACCUGCAGCACCCUAGACAUGGAUCAGUUUAUGCGCAAGAGGAUCGAGGCGAUCCGAGGACAGAUCCUGAGCAAGCUGAAGCUCACCAGCCCUCCCGAAGAGUACCCCGAGCCCGAGGAGGUCCCCCCGGAGGUCAUCUCCAUCUACAACAGCACCAGGGAUCUGCUGCAGGAGAAAGCCAACCACAGAGCCGCCACUUGCGAAAGGGAGAGGAGCGAUGAGGAGUAUUAUGCCAAAGAGGUUUACAAAAUAGACAUGCUGCCCGUUUUCCCCGAAAAUGCCAUCCCACCAAACUAUUACAGCCUUUACUACAGAAUCGUAAGAUUUGACGUCUCAGCGAUGGAGAAAAAUGCUUCCAACUUGGUGAAGGCAGAGUUUAGAGUUUUUCGUAUGCAGAAUUCAAGGGCACGGGUAUCUGAACAACGAAUAGAACUGUAUCAGGUUGUUAAAUCCAAAGAACUACCUUCGCCAGGACAGCGCUACAUUGAUAGCAAGGUAGUUAAAACAAGAGCUGAAGGAGAAUGGCUGUCUUUUGAUGUCACUGAAGCUGUACAUGAAUGGCUCCAUCACAAAGAGAGGAACUUUGGAUUUAAGAUAAGUUUACAUUGUCCAUGCUGCACCUUCGUGCCUUCAAAUAAUUUUAUCAUCCCAAAUAAAAGUGAAGAGCUAGAAGCAAGAUUUGCAGGUAUUGAUGGCUCCUCCAGUGAUGAGAAAGCUUUCAGGUCCAAUAGGAAAAAAUACAGUGGGAAGACCCCACAUCUUCUGCUAAUGUUAUUACCCUCCUACAGACUUGAGUCGCAACAGCCCAGUCGGCGGAAGAAGCGUGCUUUAGAUGCUGCCUAUUGUUUUAGAAAUGUGCAGGAUAAUUGCUGCCUGCGUCAACUUUAUAUUGACUUCAAGAGGGAUCUUGGCUGGAAAUGGAUUCAUGAACCUAAAGGGUAUCAUGCUAAUUUUUGUGCAGGAGCCUGUCCAUAUUUAUGGAGCUCAGAUACUCAGCACAGCAGAGUACUCAGUUUGUAUAACACCAUAAAUCCAGAAGCGUCUGCCUCUCCAUGCUGCGUGUCCCAGGAUUUAGAACCCCUCACCAUCCUGUACUACAUUGGCAAAACACCCAAAAUUGAACAACUUUCCAACAUGGUCGUAAAAUCUUGCAAAUGCAGCUAAAAGAUGUCCCUGAAACAGCAAUAAACAAAUGCGUAAAAAUAACCAAGGAAGAAAGAAAAAGAGAUUAAGAAAGAAAAAAGAAAACCUAAGUUCAUCAGUGUUAAAAAAAUAAAAAAUAAAAUAAAAAAAAACUAAAAAGAAGAAGAAGAAAAGCGGUACUAGUCCGAACUGUUUGAAAGUUUGUUUGUUUUGUUUUUUUAAAACUGGCAUCUGAAACAAAACAUUGAAGGCCUUUAUCCUACAUUUCACCUACUCAGUUAGUGAGAUAGACAAGAAGCAAACAAAAACCAAAAACAACAACAACAAAAACAAAAAGAACCACACCUUUUAAAAAAUAAACACUGGAAGAAUGUGUUAGUGUUACUAUGUGAAAGGAAAAAACAGGAAAAUCCCAUUAAGUGGAGUUGCUGUAUCUGUCCCAUGCCUUACUUGAUCUCUCUGUAUUGUUAUGCGAUAGACAUCCUACCCAUUCUUUUUAGUUUUAGUGUUAACAGUGCAUUAUUUAUUUGUAUGUAAAAACUAUCACAUGAACAUUUCUUCACCAUUGGAAAAAAAGAAACAAAUGUGGACAAAGUGGAGACCAAAUAAACUGCCAGAAAUAUGUUUAAUGCUUAGGGGAACUCAAGCUCAAAAGAUCCUGAAAAUAAUGGUUAGUUUAGUUCAAUUAAAACAGAAGUCAGUUAAUACACUAUUGAGAAAAUCUGCCUUAAAAAUGCCUUAUUUUAUAUGCCAGCGGCCUAGGGAGGCUUCUUGUAAGGUCUCAAACCCUUGUUUUAAAUACUGAAAAACUUACUAAUAAAGGACACUCUGUUUCAGUCUCAAAGACAAGUCUAUAAGAUUUUUUUUUUACUGUAAAUGAUUAAAAUGUCAGUUUAGUAAACCAGUGAAAUAUUUAACAUGUACUGGUCUAAUCUUCAGACCUUAAUAUGUUGCUGUAUAGCUAUGCUAUGGGAUGUUUUGUUCUUUUGGUAUAUGUAACCAUACCUAUAGUAUUACAAUAGGUGGGUAGUAAAAGCCAGCUUAAUUGGAAACAUAUCUGUAGAUCUCUAUUGUAAACUAUUAAAAAAAUUAAGUACUUUA